AUGGUCAAUAAAAAGUUGCAGAAGUUCGCCGAGGAGCAGCAGAAAAGUUUCCGCAAGGUAGACGCGUAUAGAGCCGACGUAGCCAGCUUAUUGGGCAUCGGGCGGAAGAAACUCAUCAAGUUUCCGUCCAAAAUCUUGGUGGCUGGCGGCAAAAAUCGCACUCCUGAACGUACUCAUUUUACCCUGCGGCAAGAGGAGAGCGCUGGUCAGUUUUUGGAGAAUGACCUUCAGUUUUAUUAUUGUAACUUUUGAAACAUUUUAUUGGCCAUCAAUUAGUUAUUCUCCCUCAUCAUCAUUUUACUUAUCUGAAACGAAAACUGAGAAAAAAAUCAUCAAAACCUAUAGCUUGAAAGGGUAGAAAAAAGAAAAGAAAACUGCGGUGAAAAAAAUUUUGAGUUUUUUUAUUCAAAAAAACUUUAGAAAAACAAACUAAUAUUUAUGGAAAAGUUUCAUUGAAGUGUAUUUUUGAUAGCUAGCGCCAGACUAGCACCUCGCAAAUUUCGGUCGCCCAGUUUUUCCGCCAAAAUAUUUAUGUUAUACAAAAUUCAUUCGCGACCAUGGAUUUCAGAGCCACGGUUCAAGUUUUCUCCUCCUCCGACGCUGUUGACAGUCCUCCCUACGGAUACAGCGCAGAAAACGAUUGUCAUGGCGAUGAUGGUUUGAUUGCAAAAAUAUCAAUUUCGAAAUGGUUUUCAGCAACAUUUACUUUUGCACCAUGGACAGCUCGACGACGAUACAAUUUUCGCCUACGGCGGCGCCCGUCUUUUCACCUUUUUCAGCGCCGGGUUUCAGUUCUUCACUCUGAUUGUCUUACCCAUCGUCUUCAGAGUUGCCGCCCAACUAAACUCUGCUAACGACCCCCGACUCGCGUUUCUUUCCCAUCAGAAUAGGCGGCAUUCAGAACUGCUCAACAAAUUGUUUCAUUUCAGGUUAUCAGUUUUUUUUUUCUUUUUAUUUUGUAUCAACUGAUUUAGGUUUCUGCGCCAAAAGAAAGAAUCUGAUGGCUCGUAUCGACCAGUUGGUCACCACAUGACCUCUUUCCUACCUGUGCUGCCCUCGGCACCGAAGAUUUCGCAUGAGAAAAAAUUAGCUGAAGUGAGUCUUUCCUUAAUCGUCAAGUUUAUUUGAAAAAAAGGCGUGAAAAGUUUUUAAGCGACUUUAUUACAAAAGAAACCAUUUCUCAAUCUCAAAUUUCUAUGUAAAAAGUUGAAAAUUUUCCUUUUUUCGCUUUGCUCAACUACAAAAUAAUAGUCGAGAGAUAUUUUUAAAACUUUAUUUCGAAAAUCUGUUUGAUUGCAGUUGAGCAUUCGGAAUGGAUUCUUUUACGCGGCUUCGUUAGCACCGAGGGACUUUGUCAGAAUCGGUGGGAAGGUGUUAUGCGACAAGGGAAACUCCACCGACACACUCCCGCCCAGCAUUCUCUUACCGUUCAGCCACUUCUUGGAAGCCGUGGGAGGACAACCGAACGCUAAGCCAGCGCUAGAGGCUUUAGGGUCGGACUACAAACUCUUUGAAAAGUUAUUUCUGUGAUUUAGAGCUAUGUGGCCGGAGACAAGUCGGUCCUCACUGCGCGAGUUGGAAGAACUGAAGAUUGGGGCUGUACCAGCCGAACUUCUAGAGUUUGCUUUUCUCCUCGUUCAGGAGGAACUACAGGCUUCUGAACAGUACAAAUCCUACCUCAGGAACCUCCGGAUCAAACGCGCAGUUCCUGAGAGUCGUCUAUAG